GAAUUGUAUGAUAAAGGUUGAGUAAGGAUGGUCUUUCAAAAUUCAACAAACUGAAAGUAUCUCUGAGCACUUCAAUAUAGUGAUACUUGUCUUAUAUACGGUCAUUUGUUUGGUUCGCCUCAUAUUUAUUUAUAUUUUGCUUCUCAAAUCUAGAUGCAGUCAAGCAGUGAAAUGGGCAAAGAAAUGAACUCAUCAUCUGAGCCUGAUGCAGAUAACGGGCAACAACUGUUUCCGGAUGCUUAUAUUUCUCCAAUACCUACUACAAGAAAGGGUUUUACCAAAAAUAAUCCUUUAACACUAAAUCAGCCAAAAUGUAGCACUCCUGAAGAGUGGGAUCGGCGUCCCGAUUACACAGUUAUCUCAAACAGUCGUUCAGAAGAAAGUCUGGAAUCUCAAAAUGCAACGACUAGAAUACGAAAUACGACAUAUGUUAUUUGUAGAACCCACAAAUGUGAUCAAUCGUCCUUACAGAUGGACAAAACGAAAGACACUUCGAUAGAUGUUCCAGAGAAAAUGGAAUUAAAUAAAACGUUUGUGAUCAAAAGAAGCCAAAAUUAAACCAAAGAAAUACGCGAAUAAGAGUAUUAUUAUUAUUUUGAGUGUAAUGUACAAAAACUUUAUCUUAACACUUUAUAACACUUUGAAUAAUUUGGUAAAUAAAUGAACCUCUUGUUUUCAGUCA